AUGGGAAAAGUGAAGAUAGCCCCGUCUCAUGGUCACACCAUUCCACGCUUAGAACUGUGUGCUGCUGGUAUGGCUGUGGAGUUGGCUGAGACGGUAUGGGACAGCCUGAACAUGGAUUCGUCAGAUUGCAGAUUCUAUUCAGACAGCAAGAUAGUCCUGGGCUACAUCCGAAACACAACAAAGAAAUUCAAGGUAUAUGUCUCAAAUAGAGUAGCAAGAAUACUCAAGUUCUCCACAUCAGAUCAGUGGAAUUAUGUUCUCACAAGUGAGAAUCCAGCUGACGAUGGAACGAGAGUGCUGGAUGCUGCCAAGCUAGAAGAAAGCAAGUGGUUAAACGGACCAAGAAACGCAUCAAAAGUAAACGAGGACAAAGAGAUGGAAACAACGGGUCAAGAAACUGAUGACACAGAAGUGGUGUCUGAAGCCACCCUCUUUGUAGAACAAAACAUUGGAAUAGGAAUGGAUAGAUUUUCAAAGUUCUCAUCCUGGAAGAACCUGAACUCCGGAAUAGCAUGGCUCAAAACUCUUGCAAGAAUGUCUAAGGCUCCAAGACAAGAAAGAAAUGGGAUCUCAACCUUCACUGAUAGUAAACAUUUUGUAAUGAGGGAAGUUCAGAGACAAUAUUUCCUUGAAGAGAUCCAGUGUUUGAAGAACAAACAACCAAUCCCAAAAGACAGUCCGUUAUUCUCACUGAACCCAAUCCUGGACAGUAACAAGCUUCUAAGAAUAGGUGGGCGUUUGAACAAGACUUCUCUUGAUGUACAACACAAGAAUCCGCUUAUAUUGCCGAAGAAAUCCCAUGUAUCCAAACUCAUAACCAUGCAUUUUCAUGAGAAGAUCCAGCACCAAGGGAGACAACUCACUGAGGGAGCAGUACGCUCCAAUGGUUAUUGGAUCAUAGGCGGUAAGAGACUCAUUUCAUCUCUCAUACACCAGUGUGUAACAUGUCGCAAACUGAGAGGUAGAAUGGAGCCCCCGAAGAUGGCAGACCUUCCAUGUGAUAGAGUCGAAGAAAGCCCACCCUUCACGUAUGUCGGCCUAGAUACCUUUGGCCCCUGGAAUAUCGUGUCGUGCAGAACAAGAGGAGGAUAUGCAAAUUCCAAGAGGUGGGCAAUCCUGUUCACUUGCUUGGUCACUAGAGUAAUACACAUCGAGUUAGUAGAUGAACUGAGCACUUCAGCAUUUAUCAAUGCUUUGAGAAGAUUCAUCUCCAUACGAGGUGACGUCAAACUAUUCCGUUUGGAUCGUGGAACAAACUUUGACGGUUCCACAAGUGAAUUAAAGAUCAACACCAUAAAUAUUGAAGAUGUGAAGAUGAAGUCAUACCUGAAUGACAACCGCAUAGAAUGCAUCUUCAAUCCUCCUCAUGCUUCACACAUGGGUGGUGCUUGGGAGCGAAUGAUUGGUGUUUGCAGGAAAAUCCUUGACUCCGUGAUGACAGGAAUCAGAACUACAAGUUUGACACAUGAUGUCCUCGCAACCCUGAUGGCAGAAGUUUGUGUGAUAGUGAAUAAUCGUCCAAUAGUGCCUGUGUCAUCUGACCCAGAAAACCCAUGUGUUCUAUCUCCAGCCAUGUUGUUGACCCAGAAAUCCCGACCUAUGACAGAUGUUAAUGGAAAUAUUCAUUCUGGUGAUUUAAAGGUUCUGUAUAAAAGUCAGUGGAAGCGUGUGCAGCAACUUGCUGAUAUGUUCUGGGCUCGCUGGAGAACAGAAUACCUGCACACUCUCCAGCCCAGGAGAAAGUGGCAGAAUGACGUACCCUGUUUACAAACUGGAGAUCUGGUGCUAUUAAAGGACAAAAAUGUAACACGGAACAGUUGGCCUAUGGGCAUCAUUGAUGAAAUCAAGCCCAGUGAUGACGGACGUGUUCGAGUAGUUGUUGUGAGAACUGCUAAAAAUGGAAAAUCUUCCACAUAUAUCCGUCCAGUCAAUGACCUGAUUCCAAUUCUCAGGAAUGUGAACAGUAUCUGA